AUGAUGUCGAAUUCAGCGGCCGCCGAAGAGCCACCGCAUAAAAAGAGGAAGAUGUCUCCGUUUCCUUCACCGCCACUGCCAGAUGACAUGGUUCUGAGCUGCCUGGCUCGAAUGUCGAAAUCGGAUCAGGCGGCCUUGUCUCUGGUCUCCAAGAGCCUUCGCUCUCUAGUGGCUUCUCCUGAUCUCUACAUUAUGAGGUCGCUACUGGGUUGCGUCGAGAAUUGGCUGUAUGUAUGUAUGGGCACCCCUCCCGAUCCAUCCCCACACUGGUUCAUCCUCCACCGUGGUAAAUCUCUGGACCGGCUUCUGAGCCCGAUCGCUUCGUUACGUUUUCAGCCUCCGGAAGCAUCUUCUGUGGUGGCGGUCGACUGGGGAAUCUAUGUGAUCGGUGGACGUAUAAAGGGGAAGCUCUCUCCACAAGUCCACCUCCUUGAUUGCCUGACUCACACGUGGCGGCGAGCCCCUUCCAUGGGAGCAGCUCGAUCUCGCGCGGCGGCCGGAGUCGUGGGCGGGAAGAUUUACGUGUUCGGAGGCUGCCCGGAUCCGAAUUCCUCAAAAUGGGCAGAGGUAUUCGACCCAAAGACCCAAACUUGGGAUUCUUUGCCGCCGACGCCGGAUACGACGAUUCGCCAUCAGCCUUACAUCGGUAGCGUGGUCGUGAAGGGAAAGAUUUACGCAAUGUAUGGAGUGGCUAAUAAUAGCUUGUACUACACGCCGAGUGAAAGUAAAUGGGGAAGAGGGAAUACUCCUCCACAGAUAAGUAACAGAAGGGAUUGGUGUUUCAUUGAUAAACUGCUCUACUGUAUUGACAUCAGCGGAAACCUGUGUUGGUGUGAGCCAGUGCAGUUGGAGAGCUCUGAGCCAGAGGAGAUGUAUUGGAGGGAGGUGAAGGGUUUAGGCUCUCUGAGUGAGAGUCUCUCUCGCUCCAGGCUGGUCCACAUUGAUAGCAAUGUUGAGUCUACGUGGGAGUCCUACAAGAUCAAGAUUGGUGUAGACGAAAAGAUGGCGGAUUUACUUCCCGGAGCCAGGCUCAGCAACUUUGGUGGCAACCUUGUGCUCUUCUGGGACGGGGAUGAUCGUCUUGGGAUGUGGUGUGCUGAGAUUUCCCUGGAGAGACGACCCCAAGGACCCGAGAUUUGGGGCAAUAUCGAAUGGUCUAACGCUGUCAUGACCGUUGAUCCUGACUUACAUCGCUAUAAGGUUUUGCAUUCUGUUUCUGUCACCCUCUAA